GUUUCAGGGAUAGACAAUAUCUUUAUCUCUUGCCGACAGCUAUGGAGUCAGGACUGUCAAGCCUUGGAAGCUCUCUGCUGGUGCCUUGUGUUCAGGAGCUGGUGAAGGAGCCUCUGACAGCAGUCCCACAUCGAUACUUGCGUCCUGAACAAGACCCUCCAGUCUUAUCCAACACCACUGAUUCUAUGCCCCAUGUCCCCAUCAUCGACCUCCACCAUGCCUGCCAAGAAUGGGGCUUCUUCCAGUUGAUAAAUCAUGGAGUGAGCUCUUCAUUGGUUGAGAAAGUGAAGGCAGAGACACAAGAAUUCUUCAAUCUCCCAAUGGAUGAGAAGAAGAAGUUUUGGCAAAAGCCAGGGGAGGUGGAGGGAUUUGGACAGGCCUUCGUUGUUUCUGAGGAGCAAAAACUUGACUGGGGAGACCUCUUUUUCAUGUCUACUCUUCCAACUCACUUCAGGAAGCCCCGCUUAUUUCCCAAAUUCCCUCUUCCAUUCAGAGAUACCUUGGAAAUUUAUGUGGUUGAAAUGAGAAAUCUUGCCCUGACAAUGCUUAGCUUCAUGGAAAAAGCUCUAAAAAUAGAAGUUAAUGAGAUGAGAGAAUUGUUUGAACAAGGGUUACAGGGAAUGAGGAUGAACUACUAUCCUCCAUGUCCACAACCUGAGCAAGUCAUCGGCCAAACCCCUCAUUCGGACUCUGUUGGCCUCACUAUCCUCCUCCAAGUCAAUGAAGUGGAAGGCCUUCAGAUAAGGAAAGAUGGGAUGUGGAUUCCCAUCACACCCCUUCCUAAUGCUUUUAUUGUCAACAUUGGAGACAUUCUGGAGAUUUUCAGCAAUGGGAUUUAUAAAAGCAUCGAGCAUCGAGCAGUUGUCAACUCAGUUAAAGAGAGGCUGUCUAUUGCUACAUUUCACAGCCCACAAAUGGAUGCAGAAAUAGGUCCAGUGCCCAGUCUCAUCACUCCAGAGUUUCCAGCACUGUUCAGAAGAGUGGGGGUUGCAGAUUAUUUCAAGAAAUUAUUUUCACGGGCACUUGAUGGAAAAUCAUACCUUGAAGUCCUGAGGAUUGAUGGAAAGGAAGAAGGCCAAAACAUUUGAGCAUUGCCUAUAUAUGCAAAA